AUGGGUUCAAACGUCGCCCAAAAACGUCUUUUCCACGAGUACAAGAACCUCUCCACCAAUCCCCCCGAAGGCAUCACGGCCGGGCCCAUUUCCGAAGAUGACAUGUUUCACUGGGAAGCGUUAAUUCAGGGGCCCGAGGGUACACCGUUUGAUGGUGGCAUUUUCGCCGCGGAGCUCAAGUUUCCCAAGGAUUAUCCGUUGAGUCCUCCGACGAUGAAGUUUCUGGGUGGUGGUGUUUGGCAUCCGAAUGUGUAUCCAAAUGGAACAGUGUGUAUUUCCAUCCUUCACCCUCCCGGCGACGAUCCCAAUCACUACGAGCAUGCGUCCGAACGGUGGUCGCCAAUCCAGAGCGUUGAGAAGAUUCUCAUUUCAGUCAUGAGCAUGCUGGCGGAACCCAAUGAUGAGAGUCCUGCGAAUGUCGAGGCGGCUAAGAUGUGGCGUGAGCGGAGAGCAGAUUAUGAAAACAGAGUUCGCGAUGAAGUCAGAAAGGGCUUGGGGUUAUAG